AGUGACAAAAAUCCAGAAGUAGCAUCACGUCACGUGAUUAAGAGGACAUUUAAGCUCCUGGCGCGAGUUGGCGAGAAAGGAAAGUGACUUCCGAGAAAUAAAGAAGUAAACCAAUCUGAUCCCACUCCCGGGAAGCUGCCAAAACUGUCUUGUCAAAAUGUCCAUUAGGAAAAUGAAACCUGGGAAUAAAGCCUCUGCGAACAUAAAGAGCUUUUUUGGUGGGUCCAUUCAAGACAUGGGACCUACAAGGAAAACUCUGCAAGUCCUCCAGCAAGCUGCAGUCAAUAAGAACCUUGGCAGAGGAAUGCUGACAGGGAAGGUGGUUCCCAAAAGAAAACAGUGGAACGCGGAACAAGGGAAGGGCUCAAAGAGGAUGAAGGCUGAAGUUGCUGUCAAAUCUAUAAACACAGAAAAUGCUGAUCUACCUGAUGGCGUUACCAAGGAGGCCUAUGAACUAAUGAUCAAAGAAACCCCUCCCUCCUCUUACUGGAAGGAGGUAGCUGAGGAGAGACGAAAAGCGCUCUACAGCGUUCUCCAGGAGAAUGAGAAAUUGCACAAAGACAUUGAUGCCAAGGAUGAGCAGAUAGCCCAGCUGAAGACUGAGAAUGAUGAGCUUCAGGAGCUGGCCCAGCACAUACAUCACAUGGCUGACAUGAUAGAGAGGUUGACUGGAAAGAGUCCGGAAAGUCUGGAUGACUUGAGAGAGAUCACCCUUGGUACCGAAGAUGAGUUGAAAGCGCUAGAUGAAUCUGAUGACCAAUGUACCAGCAGUGAUUUCACACCCAAGGCUGAUGUCUUGGAGGAUGUCACAGAACAACAGGAAGAUGAACCCUCAGAGGAUGAUUGAGUGACAGAACUCCAGUGCACUGGUGAAACUCAACUUUGGGAGAUGUCUGGACUAUGUUAUGGACUUGCCAUUCUGUCACUGAUGCCUGUAGUUGCUUUAUAUAUUUUCUCUGCUUACAUCUAAAGAUCUUAUUUGCAUAAGAUUUUUACUUUGAUAAACCACAACAGCUUACCACCUGAUUUAUGAAAAUGGAAGUUUCCCUUGUUUUAUCUUUGCUGUUUAAAUCUAUUUGUGCUAACCUAUGUUUGAGAAAUGUUCAUUAUAGUGCUGUUUUAAUGCGCUCUGUACAUAUGCUUCUGGACUUCUGUGAAAUAAACAUUUUUUUUACUAA